GUACGAACAGUGUACGAACACCCCAACUUUAGAAUAAUUCCUCUUUUAAUCUCGUCUCUCCUCCCACCAAACACCAAACACAAACCCCUCCCUCAUCUCACAUCUCUCAAAAAGCUGAGCCACAAAACCACUUCGUCUUAUCAAAAAGUUUACUGAACCGACCAUGGACAACCUCGAAGUGGACUCUUCCCCUGAAGGGCACCCAGACGACACAAUCGUUAUCCACACGACGCCAGAGAAAUUGAAGGAGGCCGAGCGCCAGUUGCUGGAAAUCCAAAACCUCAACCCCGUGCCAGAGGCGCUGGGCAAGUACUCCUUGCGGGCAUGUAUCUUCCAGUUUUGCCAGGCAUCUGUUCUUUACUACUUUGCAUCCCAGUCAAACUCAACUUGGUACUGGUUUACGAAUUAUGCAGCACCCGAGGAGGAUGCGUUGUCCCAACCUCCUCGACAACCGCAGUCUCAAGAAGUGUGUGGAUUCUCCAUCUUGUGGUACUCCCCCAUUUUCAUCACCCUGUCUGGCAUUGAGCACUUUUGCUGCUUGUACUUUCGAGACUCGUACCUCUACUACAUUGCCAGGAACCAAAACCCCUUCCGAUGGACCGAAUACUCCUUCUCUGCCUCCUUGAUGAGAGUCAUGAUUGCUCAGUUUGCUGGGGUCACGGAUAUCCACCUGCUGUUGCUGAUAUUUGUUCUCACUGCUUUGGUGAUACAGUUGGGAGCGUCUCAUGAAAUCUUCAAUGCCAAAGCUCGAGCCGACGGACAUCCUCAGAACUGGCGCUGCUUCUACCUUUCUUGGUUUGCUGAGCUGACCACCUGGUUCCUGAUUUUCAACUAUUUUGGCAUGCGUGUCAAGGGAGGUUCUCAACCUGACUUCAUCUGGGUCAUUAUGAUUGUCAUGUUCCUCUUAAACAGCUCUUUUGCUGUUAUCUUCACACUUCAGUGGGCACAAAUCCCUCCCUUUGAUGACUACGUUGCCGGGGAACGUGCUUUUAUUGUGCUAAGUUUCUUUUCCAAAACACUAUUGGCUUGGAUUGCAUUUGGUGGAGUCUAUCGACGAUACUAAUGCAUGCACUGCGCAGAAAACCGUGCUUUCUCGAUGAAAGGGUACCACUCUAGGCGAGGGAUAAUUUCAUUUGCUGCACGCUAAGCACUGGUGAGAAACCAGGAUCGUGACUGCUACGCGGGUUGACGUUUUACAUGAUCCUUGUUCAGGUGUCCUCAUUUGACUGUUGGCUGUUGGAUGCCUGCUUACUUGCCGCAAGGACCUUAUACAUGAUUAUUUAUGCACUCUAAAUAUACUACCGGAAUACGCCACAAUAAAUGCUGCAUGUAUGUUACAUGUAGAAACCUUUCUCGGACACCAUCUAGGGUUGGUUCCUACAUUAAUUUUAGGUUCGCGGGGCAAGCCUCCAAUACCUGUGCUGCACCUUUUGGAUAGCUGAUCUUGUCAAGAAGAAUGAUAACGAAGGACUGGUCGAUCUCUCAAUGCAAAAAAAAAGUGGGGCGGCUGCACACAAUCAAGGAUAGCACUCGAGGGACCUCCGCUUCUGGCACUUCACACACCUUGCUGCACUGACUUGGCCUUUAUUAAGCAGAGGCGAAAAGCAAAUUCUGCUUUUCUUCCAUCAUAUACUAUUUGAAGGCUGCGCAUUUGUUGCCCGCCCGUUCGGUACAAUCCCAGACACCGCCCCAAACUCAGUUCGUCUCGGUGCUCGUUCUAGCAUUCCAGCUCUCCCAAGGCAGCCACCAGCUGCCUGGCUGCAGGUAGUGGAGAUAUCAUCAUCCCAGCAACAUGUACUUCUGUAGGUA